CGCGUACACCCCGAAUAUUUUCAACCAGAACCAACUACAGAGGUCCUCGAAAAAAAACCUGUUGUUUAUCUUGAAUUAAAGGAAAAGUCGGUUUUCCUAUUCAGAAAAUGUUGGAAGCUAGAUUACAACAGGCUGCUUUGCUAAAAAAGCUCCUUGAUGCCAUAAAAGAACUUGUAACUGAUGCUAACUUUGAUUGCAACGACAAUGGUAUCUCCCUCCAGGCUAUGGAUAGCUCUCAUGUUGCCCUUGUUUCCAUGUUGAUCAAAUCUGACGGCUUUGAACCUUAUCGUUGUGAUCGUAACAUUGCUUUAGGUAUCAAUCUGAAUGCUUUGUCCAAGGUUCUUCGCUGUGCUCAAAACGAGGACUUGGUAACUUUGAAGGCCGAGGAUACACCAGAGACACUUAACAUGGUCUUUGAAAGUGAAAAGAAUGAUCGUAUUUCUGAUUACGCUGUUAAGCUUAUGGAUAUUGAUCAAGAACACUUGGGUAUCCCUGACAUCGAAUACGAUGCCACCGUCACCAUGCCCUCCGCUGAAUUUCAACGUAUCAUUCGCGAUCUUUUGACUUUAAGUGAUUCCGUUCGUAUUCAUGCUAGCAAAGAGGGCGUUCGUUUCAGCUGCAAAGGUGACAUUGGUGCUGGCUCCACCACUCUUAAGCAGCAUACUGACCUUGCUGACAACGAUCAAAGUAUCGAGGUAUCCCUCACUCAAGCUGUUAGCCUUGGAUUUUCUCUGAAAUAUUUGGCUCAAUUCACCAAGGCUACUCCCUUGGCUAAUCGUGUUACGUUGUGCAUGAGCAGCGAAGUGCCUUUGCUCGUUGAAUAUCAAAUGGAAUCUGGAUACCUUCGCUUCUAUCUUGCUCCCAAGAUUGGCGACGAGGACGAGGAUGAGUAAAAAAUGUAACGCAAUGUCUUUUCACUGCUUGAUUCGUCAGGUGUGUUUCCUUCUUUUCUUAUGUUCAAUCGAAUCUCAUACAACGGUAUCUCAAAUGGGUAUAUGGUUCUGCUGACCUAUAUUUAAUAAACAUGUUUGUCAUUCUCAAUUCCCUCUUUUGUUAAUCUGGUAGUCAUAUACAUUCAAAUAUGAUUGUUCAAUAUAUGCUUUUAUCCUUACACGAGUUAAAGUAGAUUCUUAAAAAUAGACAAACUACAUUGAGGACGAUUUUGACUUAAUUUGUUCAGCAACCUUCGUAGUUUGACGAUCUUUAAAAAAAAAUAUACAUCCUCAGAAAAGCUGUCCUCAUAGCUUACCAUAAGGUAUUUUCAGUAGUAAUACAUAUAUUGAACGAAAUGUUGACAACAUUCAUGAGCAGUCGUUAUUUUGUUAAACAUUUUAGGCUUGUUAAAGAAGACAUCAUAAAGAACGCUUUACCCUCGAUUUGACCUUGACUUUCAAUGAAAACAAUCAG